CCGCGUUUCGUUCAAAGAUCGUUAAUUCUUUUUUCCGUACAUUAUUUUAUUAUUAUUUUCUAAUUCGCUUGUCUAUUUGCUUAACGUACUCCGAUCUAUUUGAUAUUUGACGAUAUGAUGCCAAACACGGAUGUCUAUGACAGCUUAUACUUGUAUGCCACUCCGGAGAAGUUUUUCGUGGAACCGGUGGGAACCAAUGUCUUGUUAGUGGUUGAUAGAGUGAGUCAGCAGAUCUAUACUCAAGUCGGCAAUGCUAAUCAGAUUCCAUCAACUGCUAGUCGGAGAAAAAUAUGGGGAUUAGUAGGGACUAUACGCCUCUUGGCAUGUCGUUACCUUAUUGUCAUUACCGAUGCUCAAAUGUGUGGGACUAUAGCUGGGCACAAUAUCUACAAGAUAUCUUCGACAGAGGUGAUACCGUAUACAAGAUCCUCUCUGCAUCUAACUGAGAAGCAGGUCCAAAAUAAUGCCAUAUAUCUGGAAAUGGUCAAAUCUGUUUUGAACACGCCGUACUUUUACUUUAGUUAUACCUAUGAUCUUAGUCACACUAUGCAAAGGCUACAUAACACGACACCUGAAUUUUUGCAAAUGCCGCUUCAUGACAGAGCAGAUCCUAGGUUUGUGUGGAAUGCCUACCUCCUGCAAGACCUAAGUGCAAGACCGGAGCAAUACAAAUUUUGUUUGCCCAUUAUUCAUGGCUUUGUUUCACUGAAUACAGUGGUUGUGAAUGGUAUUGCAUUUAAUUGGGGCAUUGUCUCUAGACGUGGUGUACAUCGUGCUGGCACGAGACUAUUUUCGCGUGGUAUAGAUGCCACUGGAAAUGUAUCUAAUUAUGUGGAGACAGAGCAGCUGAUCGAAGUGAAUGGCGAUCGCAGUUCCUUUGUGCAGACGCGUGGAUCUAUUCCUCUGUUUUGGUGCCAGGCGCCAAACUUGAAGUAUAAGCCGAAACCACAAAUCAGUCCGCACGAAGAUCAUCAAAGCGCUUGUGCUCGGCACUUUGAUGUUCAGAUCUUUCAUUAUGGAAGGCAAAUCCUGGUAAACUUGAUCGAUCAAUGUGGACCAGAAGCAUUGCUUGAAGAUGCAUAUCGCAAUUUAGUCCAAAGAAUUAAUAACCAAAAUGUUCGAUAUGAGGCUUUUGAUUUUCAUGCAGAAUGUAGAAGACUGAGGUGGGAUAAACUAAAUACCUUAAUGGAUCGAUUAACCCAUGAUCAGGAACAGAUGGGAUAUUUCCUGUUGAUGAGAGAUGGAGCAUUGCUCUCAGCUCAGGAUGGUGUUUUUCGUACAAAUUGUAUCGACUGUUUAGAUCGGACGAAUGUUGUACAAAGCAUGUUGGCGAAACGAGUUCUCAAUGAAGUGUUAAGCAGGUUAGAGAUACUUAGGAAGGUGGAGGAUCAUCCUGCAUUUGAAAAUUUGUUCAAACAGGUUUGGGCCGAUAAUGCAGAUGUGAUAAGUAUUCAAUAUUCGGGCACAGGGGCGUUGAAAACGGAUUUCACACGAACUGGAAAACGUACUAAAUUGGGCGCGAUGAAAGAUGGUUUAAAUUCUCUGACGAGAUAUUAUAAGAACAAUUUCGCCGAUGGAUAUCGACAGGAUUCGCUAGAGCUCUUUUUAGGUCGCUAUAUCGUCCAGGAUGGUGAGUGCACUUCUAUUCAAUGUCCCUUGGAAUCUGAACGAAACUGGCGCUACGCAACAUUCCCACUUGUUCUUUUAGUGGCGUCCUCAAUGUUAGUCGCUCACAUAAUCUUGCCGUCGCGAUAUACAACAGAAAUAUUACUCUACAUGUUAUUCUGGGGUGCUAUGGUAGCCGGCACUUUCGCUACUAUUAUUCACCACGGCAAGCAAUAUGUUGAUAAGCCAAAAUUACUUUAGAAUUAAUUAA